CGAUGAACUGUUCUUUUUUUUCUAUUCAUGUGCCUGUGAUUGAUUUCUAAUGUGAUCGUAAAGCUUCAAGACAAUCUCCCAUUGCCCCUCCACGGGGUUCUUCAUAAUUCAUGAGUUUCCCCCCACACUUCCCAUCCCUGGCAAAUUUUACCCCGCCAUCGCUCACUUCUUCUUAGGACCAAAUCGUGGAGCCCCAAUAUCGCUUCCUCGCAACUUGAUGCCUAGUACUCUCUCCAUCGCAGCCAACACCUUCUGAUCCGGAGUCGCAGUUCCUCUCUCGAAAUCGGCCACGAUCGUUUGGGUGGUAUUACACUUGGUGGCCAAAUCCUUCUGUGUCAUCUUUGGCUCCAUCUUCUGCCGUUGGUCGGAGAUGGCUGUUCCGACUACCUUUCCGACAGUGUUUGGCUUGACGAUGUCAUCACUGCGAUCGACUUUGGUGAGAUGUUGGCCUUCAACACCGGGUUUUGAUGCCUAUGGGAAUGUUAGUGGGGGAGGUGCAACCUGGCAGAUCGAAGGGGGGGCACAAACCGAGUUACCAGCGCCGAAUUUCUUUUCUGUGCCGAUGACGGCUCCUGAGCGCUGGGCGGCGUUGAGGGCAGACUUUCCGCGGACGACGGUCUCUCGUACUCCUCCUCCUCCGCCACGGGUCUUGCUUCCAAUCUUGGUAACUUGGUCCCAGUCGUCCAUGAUGAGUUUGGGUGUGUUGGUAGAUGUAGACUGAGAGAGGUUCUAGUGAUAUUUGCAAGUUUUGAGGCUAUUUGUGUUUGCGCGGUGAGAAGUGGCUUGUUGUUUGUGUGGUGGUGUUCACAGUUGAUAGCAAGAGGGCUCUCACAGGAACUUAUGGCGGGCGCUUCGGCGGUAAGGCUGUGCUGUGCGACCUUGAGGCUUUGCCGGGUGAAUCACAUCGGAGCUAAUGACUUUUCGGGUCAUACCCUAGUAGACUCUCGCCUCCAGCUCACCCACUUUAUUCACUCCUUGCGAGGUCAUGUUUCUUUCUUGGAAGACUCAGCGUAGAUAGAGCAAGGGCAUGGACUUUGAUUUUAGACACUAGCGUCGGUUGUUAGCGAGUGGCACAUCUUUCCCUGUUCCAGUACAGUAUCUAAUUCCUUUCUCUCGUUCCUUUUUCCACUUCAACCUCUUCCAUCUCAUCCCCAACCCCACUCCGACGUGCUUCGCAUCAUGAUUUGAAGACGCUAGAGGCGACGUUGUUUUGUGUUUCUGUUCGCAGCCUCUUUUUAAUUCGCUUGCGUUUGCUGCCGUUUUGGUAGCCAGGUACAAUGGCAGCCAUGGAAUUGCCAUUGGCUUUAAUCAUCCUCUUCGCGGUCGUCGCACGUGGAACGCGAUUUGAAAUGAUUCUAGCCUGCGGAAUUGGUUUACUUUACAGUCGGAAUGUCGUUGGAGAGGUCUUUCAAACGCUCACUAGAUUCCUCAAUGUCCCCAUGAUUGUCUUGAGUUUUGUUAUCCUUCAACUCAUUCGAUACGUUAUCACUCUCUCGGUUUCAACUUCUUCAAAUGGCGAUCACCCCGCCAAAGCCAUGUUCUUUCCUUGCAAGACAAGCCACAUCAGACUGUAUCCCAAGAAAAACAGCUUUGAGUACUCUUACUUGAUGGUUGGGAUUCCAAUUGGUUGGAAAGGGACAGCUGGUGGAUUGUUAUCAGCUGAUGUGGAGAAAAGCCAGAGUUCUUGGUACCUGAGGUUGUUUUCUUUGGGACCCGGUACUUCUUGGUGGUCUGUUGAUGGUGACAACUAUCUGGCGAGAGGCUCUGGUUCAUUAAAAGCAAAAUUGGAAGGAUACCUUAAAAGCGAGGUAAGUCACAAAUCCACUGCUGACUGUUUGGGCAUUGCUAACAUACUCAGGGCAUUGAUCCACAAAAUUAUCCCUACGCCUGUCUCUUUACUGCUGCAGAAUGCUUGGGACAUUCCUCAAAUCCCGUCUCUUUUUGGCAUCUAUAUUCGCCAAUCAAAGAGCUAGCAGCUGUCAUCUACGAGGUUAACAACACAUUUGACGAACGUCACAUGUAUUUUCUGGAACCCCAGCCGGGAACUGUAGAGAACCCAAAGCCAAACAUCAUCAACCAAACAAACAAAUCACCAAGAGUCCAUGGAAAAAUUCCAAAAGAAUUCUUUGUCUCGCCCUUCAACUUCCGCAAUGAACGGUAUAGUAUGUCAUUGUACGACCCAUUUUUUCCAAGCAUGACUGGCACUGGUCCACUCAACCAUGCAAUCGCUCUAACAAGCAGACAUGGUCGUCCAAAGCUCGCUGCUCGAAUUUGGUCUACAGCUCCCGGUAUCGACCCAUCUGAACUUUCUCUUUGGCAAAAAACCGUUUUCAUCUGGUCCUGGUGGUGGGUUGGAUUAAUGACUUUACCUCGCACCGUCAUUCAAGCAUACAAACUCAAAUUUUGCCGCAAACUCGACUACUCACUUCAACCAGAACCCAGAUUAAACUCAAUUGGGCGACAAGCUGAUGCGUUCGAAACUUUUAUGGAGAGAAUCUUCUUUGUCUUUUUGACGAAUCUGGUGGCUAGGCUUUCCAUCCCGGUCAAGAUUACUUGUGCUCCAGUAGGCAUUAAAGAUACACAAGAGCGGAUCUUGUACUCUCCGCCUGCUCAAAGAAUAUUUUCUGAGUAUCAAGGAAAGAGAAGCAAUAUCAAGGAUCUGAGCAUCCAAAUUUUGACGCCAAAGUUUUACAGCCGUCUUAUAUUCUACGCAUUCUCCCCCAUUCGAGAUAUCUUGCGGGACGAAUCACAGUUGCUAAAUCAAACGCUUCAACUUUCAGAUACGGAGGUUUUUGAAACGAUCUUCGACUCCAAAACCCAAGGACGCUUCUGCAACCCAAUAGAGACCAUGGAACAAUUCCGCUUCGAAAGAACCGCUGUCUUCAUCCUCGCUCUCCUCACAGGGAACGCCACCAGAAACCCAGCGCCACUCAUCGAAAACUGGGAACGCGGACCUAACAACCCUCCAUGUCCCGACAUGAAGAAAACCAUGACAUCGAAUAAGCUCACCCCCGAUUCAUUUCUCGAGUUCUUUAUGAGUAACGCAGCUACCGAAGAGCGCAAGGAGUUCUAUAUCCAAGCAUUGAAAGCGAGGAUUGCGCCCUACAUUGCUUUUGGCUCUUUGUUGGUUUUGGAUAUUGAAGUUUGGACUUUUAGGUCUCUCAGUGUUUGGUUCUCUGUCAGUACACUUUUUAGGUACAUUGGUUUGUUUUGAUGGGAUUUAUGAAUUGUGGAUUAUAUUUUUUGUUUUGGGGGUGUUUUGCAUGGCGUGGUGU